UACAGUGAGAAGAAAAUAUUUGUUCUUUUCUAAGCUCUGUGACUCUAUCAAAAAAAUAUUAAAAUUAUUUUUAUUGCAGUUUUUAAUUUGGUAUAAGAGAAACACAACAUGCGUGUGUUAGCGGCAGUUAUCGCCAUUUAUGUUUGCAUAUAUAAAGUGUACUCCAUUCCGGAAUGUCCCAAAGGAGCGCACUGGACCGGAUUCUACGAUAGAGACAACCCUAGUGGGACUGGUGACUGGGAAACUCUGAAAGAUCUCCGGAAAGAAAAAAAAGGAAUCUGCGAGAGACCAGUCGCAGUAGAUGUAAGAAUUGUGGGCUACCCGGACCACGCAAAUUUCUGGUACCUCGGCGGAAACUAUAUUCGUGAUGAGGACAGAUCGGGAUCGUUCGGGUUUGUUUGUAAGAACAAAUUGCAGAAGGAUUGGUACAAACCUCCUUGCAAGGACUACAAAGUUAGAUUCUGCUGUUUCCCGGAACCCAAAUGUGAUGGCGGAUACUGGUCUCCUUUCUACGACAGAGACGACCCAUCUGCUACAGGUGAUUGGGAAACUCUCCAUGAUCUCAGAAAAAAACACCCCGCAUUAUGUUCCAAGCCAAGUGCAAUAGAUGCCAGACUGCUAAAUGGCGAUCCCUACCAACUUGGAGGUGACCACGUCGAUAUCAGUCCAACCAAGGGUUUAGUUUGUGAGAAUAAGAAGCAGAAAGAUCACAAGUGUGACGAUUAUAAAGUUCGUUUCUGUUGUCAUUUCAAAGAGCCAUCUUGCAAAGGAGAGUGGACUCAAUGGUUUGAUCGAGACAAUCCUUCCGGUAAAGGAGACUAUGAAACUCUCUCAGAUUUAAUCACCGAAAGCAAAGGGGGUUCCAAAUACUACAUCUGUCACAAACCAAUUGGCAUCGACGCCCGAGCACUCAACCCUCACCGACCCUGGCAAGCAGCCUACGAGAAUGUUCACAUCUCAGCUGACAAAGGGCUUUAUUGCGUUAACAAUGAACAAUCGGACAAAAAAUGCGAAGACUACAAAGUUAGAUUCUGUUGUGCCCCCAAGCCUCCUCCGCCAAAGUGUUAUUGGACCUCCUACAUGAGUUCAGACUUACCCACUGGCAAAGGAGAUUAUGAAACGAUUGAAAAUCUACGAAAGCAUUACAAAUUCUGUUCCCAUCCUCUGAAAAUACACGCAAGAGUUGUUGGCAAAAAAAUUGAUGCCAGAUACACCAAGAAUAAGUUUACAUACUAUGACGUAAAGAAAGGAUUCGUAUGCGAGAAUUACAAGCAACCAUACGGAGCUCCACCUUGUUAUAACUAUGAAGUGAAGUUUUACUGCUGCUAAGUCGUGGUAUCGACUUUCUCAUUAGCCGGCGAAAAGGAACAAAUUGAAGUAUUGUCUUGAUUUUAUUGUGUGUGCUUAUUGAAUAAAUUAUAUUAUUCAUGCAAUUUG